AUGAAGGUGAUGGAUGGUGGGCAGCAAAGAGGUAGGUUCUCGGGGCAACAAGGAGGUGGGUUCUCGGGGCAACAAGGAGGUGGGUUCUCGGUGCAACAAGGAGGUGGGUUCUCGGGGCAACAAGGAGGUAGGUUCUCGGGGCAACAAGGAGGUGGGUUCGGUGCAACAAGGAGGUGGGUUCUCCGGCAACAAGGAGGUGGGUUCUCGGGGCAACAAGGAGGUAGGUCUCGGGGCAACAAGGAGGUGGGUUCUCGGUGCAACAAGGAGGUGGGUUCUCGGGGCAACAAGGAGGUGGGUUCUCGGGGCAACAAGGAGGUGGGUUCUCGGGGCAACAAGGAGGUGGGUUCUCGGGGCAACAAGGAGGUGGGUUCUCAGGGCAACAAGGAGGUGGGUUCUCGGAGCAACAAGGAGGUGGGUUCUCAGGGCAACAAGGAGGUGGGUUCUCGGGGCAUCUAG